AGUCCCUCUUGUGGACUAGUUUGGAAGUGUCUCUUAUGCAACAAGGACCGCUCGUGCGCCAUAAUAGUUUGCCGCCACAGCCUACUGAAAAGGCUGACGCAGAGCACGAUAUUCUAGUACACAUAUUAGUGUUUGUUAAAAAUAGUAACGUGUAUCGAAAUACAUGUUUUGAGUACUUUGUAGAGGCUUUAGAGAAUUCUUGGCUGUAACAACAAUACUGAAGAGGCCCGUCGUUUUAAACGAGGAUUCCAUUAGGCCGCAUUAACACGCAGAUCUCCGCCAUCAUGGCCGACGACUUUGACAUCGAAGCCAUGCUUGAGGCGCCAUAUAGAAAGACAUGCCUAUAUCUCACCUCUACUCCCAUGAAUUCCAGUGUGAACUGUCAAAAAAAUGAAGGAUGAGACCAAGUCCAUAAGUUCCAAUGGGCAUGAAGAACGGAGCAAGAAGAAAAAGAAGAGCAGAAGUCGUAGUAGGAGCAGGGAGAGAAAGAGAAGCAGGAGCCGAGACCGCAAAAGGAGCAAGAGCCGGGAUAGGAGUCGUGAACGAAAGAGGAGCCGGAGCCGGGACAGGAGACGCAGUCGGAGCAGAGAGAGAAGACGCAGCCGUUCCAGGAGUAGGGAGCGUGGAGGGCGCUUUAGAACAGCCUUUUCUGGCCUGAAAUUUAAUGGUGGUUCCAGGGGGAAGACUGGCCCACUGCCUGUCAUCAAACUAAGCCGGAGAAAGUCUAGGAGCCGCAGCCCAUUCAAACGAGACAAAAGUCCUAUCAGGCAGCCUAUAGAUAACCUCACACCAGAGGAGAGGGAUGCCCGUACAGUUUUUUGCAUGCAACUUGCUGCCAGAAUUCGGCCCCGUGACCUAGAGGAAUUUUUCUCUGCUGUGGGGAAAGUUAGGGAUGUGAGGAUGAUCUCUGACAGAAACUCCCGAAGGUCCAAGGGAAUUGCCUACAUUGAAUUUGUGGAAGCCACCUCUGUACCUCUAGCAAUUGGUCUGUCUGGGCAAAGGCUGCUUGGAGUACCAAUCAUUGUUCAGGCUUCUCAGGCUGAAAAAAACAGAGCUGCUGCAAUGGCCAACAACUUGCAAAAAGGCAGUGCUGGGCCUAUGAGGCUGUAUGUUGGUUCACUGCAUUUCAACAUCACAGAGGACAUGCUCAGAGGGAUCUUUGAACCAUUUGGAAGGAUUGAUAGUAUUCAGCUUAUGAUGGAUAGUGAAACAGGGAGAUCCAAGGGAUAUGGCUUUAUCACAUUUGCUGAUGCGGAGUGUGCUAAGAAAGCCUUGGAACAGCUAAAUGGCUUUGAACUGGCUGGCAGGCCAAUGAAAGUGGGCCAUGUAACUGAGCGCACUGAUGCAUCUACAGCCAGCUCUUUUCUGGAUAAUGAUGAACUGGAAAGGACUGGCAUUGACCUGGGCACCACUGGGAGGCUGCAGCUAAUGGCUAGGCUGGCUGAAGGGACUGGACUGCAGAUCCCCCCAGCUGCUCAGCAGGCUCUUCAGAUGAGCAACUCAAUGGUGGCAAUGGCAGCAGCUACAGCGGCUAUGAAUCCUGGAUUGAGUUUCAAUAUUAACGUGCCCACAAAUCAACCUCUUAAUCUACCAUCUCAGCCAAUUGCCACCCACUGCUUUCAGCUGUCCAACAUGUUUGAUCCAAAUUCGGAGAAUGAACCAGGAUGGGAUAUUGAAAUCCAAGAUGAUGUAAUUGAAGAAUGUAACAAACAUGGUGGAGUGAUUCAUAUAUAUGUGGACAAGAAAUCUACUGAGGGAAAUGUAUAUGUGAAGUGCCCAAGCAUCCCUGCUGCAAUGGCUGCUGUUAGUGCAUUACAUGGACGCUGGUUUGGAGGUAAAAUGAUCAAAGCAGCAUACGUCCCUCUGCCAACAUACCACAAUCUUUUUCCAGAGUCGGUGCAAGCUACACAGCUUCUUAUGCCUACUCGCCGGUGAUCCCCAGGGCUUCAAUUUUUCAGGCUUUCUCUUUUUAAUAAUUUUGGCAAAUUAUUAAUAUUCAAUUCCUGCAAGCUUUGUGUACGUUUUUGCCCUUACAUCAGUUGGGCAUUAAAGAAGUUUAUGUGGUAGUUUUCUAUGUACAGCCUUUUUUGUUCCCUUUCUUGGUGGGCCUUUUGACCCCUUAUCUUUCAUACAGUUUUCAGGGUUUGUUUUCUUCCACACAUUUGUCUUUGUGAUUGGCAUGAGUUUCACUGAAAUACAUGUACAGUUAGCCACACAAACCUGCAACUAUUGAAUCUUUUUUGAAUGAAUUAAAAUCCUGUAGCUUUGGUUAAAUCUCUACAUACAGUGUUUUGGGCUCUAUGAGCUGAAGGAAAAUUAAAACGACUGAUAUCCUGUGUGUUCAUAGAGGCCAUUAUGGGUUUUGAUGCAUUGUCUUUUUCUAAUUGAGACUUGAUUUUGUAAAGUCCUUAAUGAACAGUUCAUUUCAAAUAAAGCCAUGAUGCUUAA